AUGAUUUUACAAGAGAAGUAUUAAACCAACUCAUUAUUAACAGGUGAUAAGAGAUUAACCAGAUGAGAUUAUAAAAUAUGGUGUAGAAUAUUUUGAAUCUAUAUAAGAAGGAAAACCAUUUAACUUCCAAAGCAAAUCCAAUAUUGCUAAGGGCUAGGCAAUUGAAAAGAAACACUAACUGCAAAACCAAAAGAUUACAUAGAACAAAGCAAGAAAGUUGUUGAUAUAUCCAAUCUAUGAUAAGUCGUUGAAAGUAAGUCCUCAGCACCUGGAGUAAUUAUCAGUCAGAUAACCUUCAGUAGAUUACUUUAAUGAACUAUUUUAAAAGGUCGAAUAGGAUAUCGAUCAAUUUGAAUCAAGUAAAAGUGAAACUUCAAAUGCAUUCUUCUUACCUUAAUAAAUAUCAUAAUCUAAAUAAGGAUGCCAAAACUUGGAGAAGAUAAUCAAAAUAUAAGUUAGUACCAAAGGGAUAUUGGACAGGACCUAAUUAAAACAAUAACAGUAGGAAAAUAAACUAUGA